AUGACUUCCCAGACGACAAGCGAGGGGCUCCCCCUCGCGGCCAACAUUUUCGGAUUCGGUGUGGCGGCCCUGGUGGGAGGAAGGGCCUUCAUCGCCAUCGUGAAUCGACUGCGACAUCGACAAUUGACCCUCGACACAAUGUUUCAAUCGGAUGGGUAUGAAGACCGCGAUGGAAUUGCAACACCAGAAUCUAUCAAAGAAUUCUCCGACAAACCCCAACGCGUCGCGCUUGCAAUCGGAACCGGAAUUGGUGUCUGGUUAUCGUUAUCGGAAGUUGUUGUGUUCAGCAUUGUGUCUGCUUCCACUGAUGAUUUCACACGAUGGAUGCGACUUGGAGCCUGGGGAACCCUGGCCCUCAGUACAUGUGCGGUCUGGAUGGAAGACGAAUGCACGCUUCGGUUCCGACACGGCAUUCAAACAAGCAUCGGGUGCAUCGCCAUGAUGGUCCUUCUAGUUGCAGAUCAGUACCAAUGUUACAAGGCAUUGGAUUUUUCCUUCCUGUCUUGGUUCUUUCUGCUUGGCCAGUCUUGCGCCGCUUUGGGCGCCUGCAUUGCUGGAACGUCAUUACCUCGUCGACCGGAUGUUUUUCACAAUGGGACUGUGGUGGACCGCAAAGGAUCAGCAACCUUCUUGGACCAGCUUUUCUUCGGAUGGGUGGGUCAGCUGCUUUCUGCGGGUCAGAAAGAUGAGCUGGAGAUCAGCCACCUGCCUGAGCUCGAGUUCAACAGCCGUUCACCUCAGCUAUUUCACGCUUUUAGCCAACAAUGCACGGCUUCUACCUCAAGCCUUUGGAAGGUCCUUGUCCUCAGUCAUCGGAAAGCCCUAUCCAUUCAACUCCUUUUGACCUUCCUGAAUGGGACCAUGGCAUUCGUGCCCCAGUUUUUUAUCUUGGGAAUCUUGCAGCGUCUGGAAAACGACCCUGAUGAUCCUUGGCUAUGGCUUUUUGUUCUUGGACUGGGCGCAUCGACUAUCGUGUCCGCUCUUAUUGAAAAUUGGAACCUCUAUGUCUCAUCCAAUCUGAUUGCAGUGAGGCUGCAGGAACAGCUAUCAACAGUGAUCUAUGACAAAGCGUUACGUUGUCGUGCAGUGAACAAUGUCGGGACGGAUUCGCAGAGUGCCAGUACCACCAGCCCAUCUAGUCAGGGUACCAUGAACUUGGUCGCUGUGGAUGCAAAGAAAGUGGCUGACUUUUCAGCCGUUGGCUUUCAUCUUUACGAGGCACCACUGAAACUCAUUAUUGCGGCUAUUUCGAUUGGCCGGUUGCUUGGACCUCAGUGCCUACUGGUCGGUGGCUUAGUACUUUUUCUUGUAUCUGCUGGAAACUUUUACUCAGUCAGCCAGUUUUCGAAGCAACAAAGAGGUCUUUUAAGGUCUCGUGACAGCAAGAUGGGAGUCAUCAACGAGGUUCUCCAGGGUAUCCGCCAAGUCAAAUUAUCCGCUCUGGAGGAAAAAUGGGAAAACCGCAUCAACGACUCAAGAGGGAAGGAGCUACACAGCCAGUGGCAAGUUUAUAAGUGGGAACUUCUCAUGUUCGUUGCUUAUAAUGUCACCCCGGUUGCUGUUUCCGCCGCUUGCUUA